AGUUCUAUUUGAAUUUAAAGUCUUGUGAAUUACAAACAUAUAUAGAUGUAUAAGUAUGACAUGAAACAUUCCAUGCACGUGUUGUGAUAUUAAAACAUAAUGCCUUCCAACAAAUAACUCCGGUUUUGUAGAAAGAUUUUCUGGGUACUUCCAGUUAGUUUUUGGGUGACACUAAACGGAAGAGAGCAAAAAACGUUUUUGGUUGGAGGAGAAUGGGGGACAAUCAAGACGCACCGGUGCCAACGGUCCAAAACAUACUGGACCAGAAGAGCCUGAAGUGGGUAUUUGUUGGCGGCAAAGGAGGUGUGGGGAAGACCACCUGUAGCGCCAUUAUAUCGAUCCUAUUGGCAGGGGUCCGACCCUCUGUGUUGAUUAUAUCUACGGAUCCUGCUCAUAACCUCAGCGAUGUUUUCCAACAAAGAUUCAUAAAGACACCCACGUUGGUCAAUGGCUUCACCAAUCUAUAUGCCAUGGAGGUGGAUCCUACAUCAGAAGAUGAUGAUGUGAGUGGAGGUGAAGGAAUGGAUGGUUUAUUUACGGAUUUGGCAAAUGCGAUUCCAGGAAUUGAUGAGGCUAUGAGCUUUGCAGAGAUGCUAAAAUUGGUGCAAACAAUGGAUUAUUCUUGCAUUGUGUUUGAUACUGCCCCGACUGGACAUACACUUCGGCUGUUACAGUUUCCAGCUACCUUAGAGAAGGGACUCGCAAAAGUGAUGUCAUUGAAAAGCAAAUUCGGUGGCCUAUUGGGUCAGAUAACCCGUCUUUUCGGGAUUGACGAUGAAUUCGGGGAGGAUGCACUUGUGGGGAGGCUUGAAGGCUUGAAAGAGGUGAUUGAACAAGUUAACAAACAGUUUGAAGAUCCAGACCUGACCACCUUUGUGUGUGUUUGCAUUCCAGAGUUCCUUUCUCUCUAUGAAACAGAGAGACUGGUGCAGGAACUCACCAAGUUCGAGAUUGAUACACACAAUGUUGUCAUUAACCAAGUAAUUUUCGACGAUGACGAGGUGGAGUCCAAGUUACUAAAAGCAAGAGUGCGGAUGCAACAGAAGUAUCUCGAUCAGUUCUACAUGUUAUAUGAUGAUUUCCACAUCAUUAAGCUGCCACUGCUGCCGGAGGAGGUUACUGGAGUUGAAGCACUGAAAUCAUUCUCGUACCAUUUUCUCACACCGCACGAGCCGGCCAUUGUCCGAGGAACGAAAGAAGAACUCGGGCGAAGAAUAGGCGCAUUAAAGAAAUAUAUAGCGGACAGCGAAGCAGAACUUGAGAAACAUGGAUGA